GCCACCUGGCGCCUCGAGGCAUCGGACGUCGCAGACACCUUGAAUGGAGAGAGGAUUCUCAGCCCCCAGCUGCAGCUUUGGAGACACAGCUUUCGCAUAGAAGUCUUUCCCCAUGGGUACGAUGCAGAAAGCGAAGGCUACUUCAGCGUGUUUAUGUAUGUGGCCGUCGAGGCACUCAUUGACAUUCACCUGGCUGGAAUGACUCAGCGUGCUGACGUCACAGAAGAGAUGUUGUUGAAGUCUACCAGGAAUGGAACCGGUUCCUGGGGAUGGCCAAAGUUCUGCAGAGUCUCCGACCUGACAAAUCCAAUUGAAGUACGUGUCCACUUCAACCACAUCGAGGGCAAGGAUGCCAAGCUGUUGUCCGAGGAAGCUGAAGUCCUUCGCCGCAAGCCCACAGAGACCAUCAAAAUCCAGGCCCUGUGGCGUGGGUUUCAAACCCGGCGACGGGAGGAGCUUCGCCGGGCUGAGGAGCAACGGCGCCGCCGCCAAUCCCGAGAGCUGACGGCGGCCCUGCGCCUGCAGCUGGCGUGGCGCCUAUAUCAGCGACGGCUGCAGCGCCGUUGGCACAGCAAGAUGUUGCAGGCCCAGAGCGCUCCGUACGAUGCCAUCCUGGCCUUCGAGUCCUUGUCGCAGUUCCUGUCGACCGGGGAGAUUCGAUUCCUGCAGCACGCGGAGUCGAAGCUGCAGGUGGCGAGCGCCGCGCGCUUCCGCAUCGUGGCGGUGGUUGGCCUCUUUGACAAGGGCAAGACCUUCCUGAUCAACAAGCUCUUCGGGGUGAAUCUACCGUCCGGCAAGCUCCACACCACCAAGGGAUUGAGCUUCCUGUGGAUCGAGGAGCGUCGGAUGCUGGUCUUGGACUCUGCGGGAGUGCAGUCCACGGUCUCCUACCGUGCCCAGGCCGUUCAGGAUGCGAUCCUGGAUGCGCAGACCACCGAAUCCCUGAUGUUCGAGAUGAUCUCGCGCAUCGCGCACCACAUGAUCUUCGUGGUCAACGACCUGACCUGGUUCGAGCAAAAGUACGUGGCCAUGCUGCACCAGAAGUACGUGCAGGGCGGGCAGCAAAAGGAGCUUGUCGUGGUGCACAACCUGAGGAACACCACAGAGGUCCAAGAGGCCUGCAAGCUGUUGAGCCGCCAGGUGACACGCUGCUACGAUGGCGAGCAAUCCCACCUGGGCGAGCUCAUCUUUACACAGGAUGCCGGAGCGGGUGCCCCGCCUUUGCACCACAUCGGGCUCUGCUACGAGUUCUCCAAGGCGGGUGAUGCUUUCAACGAGAAGAACCGGCAGCACCUGUUGCAGAGCUUGGAGCAUCGCAACAGCCUCGGGUCGGAGCUCGUCCUCGCAAACAUCUUGACGGCAGAGCUCGCUCGGCUCCUGCCGCGCUUCGUCAACAUCGAGGCGAAGUGCCCGGAGAGCUCCGUGUGCAGCCCCGACCAGGCCAUCGGCGUGGAGUUCUCCGAUGCAAGGGAGCCUACUCCAGACGAGUGCCUCAUGGCGGGGUACAAGUGUGUGGGCGUCCUGCGAAUGAAUCUCGCGCAGGAGGGGGCCCGUGUGGCCAUGAAGACCCGCGGAGUGAUUUCUCUUUUGGGCGAGAUCAUCGCUCACGAUGUCAGCUUCGAUCCCAUCGUGAACGUCUAUGACCGGACCACCACACAUGGCACCAGCCGAAUCAUCCGCAUUGAGUGCCCCGGGGUGACAGAAGAAGACGUGGAGUGGGAAGAGCUGCCCAACGGUGUGAAGAUCAGCGUGGACAAAAAGCGGCCAAUUGACGAGCAUGCCGUGCAGCCAGUGCAGCCUAUCCGCCAGCACCAUGGUGUGUGGGAGCAGGAGUUCUCCUUCGACUACUCCGAAGGCCGCUUCGAGCUUAGUCCGGAAGAGGCCACAUUCGAGAACGGGGUGCUCACAGUGGUGCUCAAGAAGGCCGCGCAGCCGCGUCGCGGCAAGUUUGGGCAAGCUGGUGACAAAGGUUGCAGCCACCUGGUCGCCCCUCACGCAGAUGCUGUUCUGCUUUGGCGCAGCAUCUUCCUCAAUGUCCUGGCUGGUUUCGUGAAGGACUCCUCUGCUGGCGUGCGAUGGGGCGCAGACGCUGACCGCGGCUUCAGCGACAUUGGCCUGUUUCGGAUGUCUGCUGCCUCGGAGUACAAGGUCACCUGGCGCCUCGAAGCAGCACAUGUCGCGGAUAAGAAGAAAGGAGAGCAGCUUUCCAGCCAGGAGCUGCAGCUUUGGGGGCACCGCUUUCAGCUAGUUCUCUAUCCCCGUGGGUCCAACUUUGCAAGCGAAGGUUUCUCCAGCUUGUGCAUCCGGCCGCAGUCGACCACCAUGGAUUUGGACUUGGACGUGGCUGGGACGAGUCGCCAUCUUGACAUCACACAAAGGGUGCUGAAGCAGAUUGAGACAAAGACGUUUAAGGACUGGGAAUUUUCUGACUUCUGCAUGGUUCCUGACUUUACAGAUCCGCUUGAAGUCCGUGCCCGAUUCAGGCACAUUGACGGCAAGGAUGCCAAGGUGUUUGCAGAGGAAGCUGAAGUCCGGUGCCGCAAGUUCUCAGAAGCAGCCACCACAAUCCAGGCCUGGUGGCGUGGGUUUCAGACCCGGCGACGGGAGGCGCAUCGCCGGGCGGAGGAGCAGCGGCGCCGCCGCCAUUCUCGAGAGCUGACGGCGGCCCUGUGCCUACAGCUGGCAUGGCGCCUAUACCAGCGACGCCUGCAGCGCCGUUGGCACAGCAAGAUGGUGCAGGCGCAGAGUACUCCCUAUGACGCCAUCCUGGCUUUCGAGUCGCUGUCGCAGUUCUUGUCGACCGGGGAGAUCCGCUUCUUGCAGCAUGCGGAGUCGAAGCUGCAGGUGGCGAGCGCCAUGCGCUUCCGCAUCGUGGCGGUGGUUGGCCUCUUUGACAAGGGCAAGACCUUCCUGAUCAACAAGCUCUUCGGGGUGAACUUACCGUCCGGCAAGCUCCACACCACCAAGGGGUUGAGCUUCCUGUGGAUUGAGGAGCGUCGGAUGCUGGUCUUGGACUCUGCGGGAGUGCAGUCCACGGUCUCCUACCGUGCCCAGGCCGUUCAGGAUGCGAUCCUGGAUGCGCAGACCACCGAAUCCCUCAUGUUCGAGAUGAUCUCGCGCAUCGCGCACCACAUGAUCUUCGUGGUCAACGACCUGACCUGGUUCGAGCAAAAGUACGUGGCGAUGCUGCACCAGAAGUACGUGCAGGGUGGGCAUCAGAAGGAGCUCGUCGUGGUGCACAACUUGAGGAACACCACGGACAUCCAAGAAGCCUGCAAGCUGUUCAGCCGCCAGGUUACGCGCUGCUACGAUGGCCAGCAAUCCCACUUGGGGGAACUCAUCUUCACUCAGGAUGCCGGAACGGGUGCCCCGCCUCUGCACCACGUCGGCCUCUGCUACGAGUUCUCCAAAGCAGGCGAUGCUUUCAACGAGAAGAACCGGCAGCACCUGCUGCAGAGCCUGGAACAUCGCAACAGCCUCGGUUCGGAGCUCGUCCUGGCAGACAUCUUGAAGGCAGAGCUCGCUCGGCUUCUGCCACGCUUCGUCAACAUCGAGGCGAAGUGCCCGGAGAGCUCCGUGUGCAGCCCCGACCAGGCUAUCGGCGUGGAGUUCUGCGAUGCAAAGGGGCCUACUGCAGACGAGUGCCUCAAGGCGGGGUACAGCUGUGUGGGCGUCCUGCGAGUCAAUCUCGCGCAGGAGGGGGCCCGUGUGGCCAUGAAGACCCGCGGAGUGAUCUCUCCUUUGGGCGAGAUUAUUGCUCACGAUGUCAGCUUCGAUCCCAUCGUGAACGUCUAUGACCGGCCCACCACACAUGGCAGCAGCCGAAUCAUCCGCAUUGAGUGCCCCGGGGUGACAGAAGAAGACGUGGAGUGGGAAGAGCUGCCCAACGGUGUGAAGAUCAGCGUGGACAAAAA